UUUGGAGUAGAGAGUGACAGAUGGCGGCGGGUCCCGGGGGAGCCGGCUCUCCCCCAAUGCAGACGCAUGCCAAUCACCGUCUCUCAUGUGAUAGCUGCUGCCCGUGACGUGCCAAGCCCAUAUGGCCUGGCAUAGAGGCUGGUACCCCGCCUGGUAGAGAUGCCACACUCGCUCCGCGGCUCGCAUGGCGCUCUGAAGACGCAGGCGCCCGCCGCCUUGAGGAACCGCUGCCCCCGCUCCCUGAAGAUGGGGGAACAAUGAAAUAAGCGAGAAGAUUCCUCUUCUCCCCCCCUCUCUCUCUUGCCCCCUCCCCCCUCCCCUCCCCUCUCCCCUUGACUCCUCUCUGAGGCACCAUGCUGACCCGCCUGUUCAGCGAGCCCGGCCUUCUCUCGGACGUGCCCAAGUUCGCCAGCUGGGGCGACGGCGACGACGACGAGCCUAGAAGCGACAAGGGCGACGCGCCACCGCAGCCUCCUCCUGCUCCCGGGUCGGGGGCUCCAGGACCCGCUCGGGCCGCCAAGCCAGUUUCCCUUCGUGGAGAAGAGGUUCCCGAAGCCGCGUUGGCCGAAGUCAAGGAGGAAGGCGAGCUGGGUGUCGAGGAGGAGGAGGAAGAGGAGGAGGAGGAAGGGUUAGACGAGGCGGAAGGCGAGAGGCCCAAGAAGCGCGGGCCGAAGAAACGCAAGAUGACCAAGGCGCGUCUGGAGCGCUCCAAGCUGCGGAGACAGAAGGCCAACGCGCGGGAGCGCAACCGCAUGCACGACCUGAACGCCGCACUGGACAACCUGCGCAAGGUGGUACCCUGCUACUCCAAGACGCAGAAGCUGUCCAAGAUUGAGACUCUGCGCCUGGCCAAGAACUACAUCUGGGCUCUCUCGGAGAUCUUGCGCUCGGGAAAGCGGCCGGAUCUAGUGUCCUACGUGCAGACUCUGUGCAAGGGGCUGUCGCAACCCACUACAAAUCUGGUGGCUGGCUGCCUGCAGCUCAACUCUCGUAACUUCCUCACAGAGCAGGGCGCGGACGGGGCUGGCCGCUUUCACGGCUCUGGCGGCCCGUUCGCCAUGCACCCGUACCCGUACCCGUGCUCCCGCCUGGCGGGCGCACAGUGCCAGGCGGCGGGCGGCCUGGGCGGAGGCGCGGCGCAUGCCCUGCGGACCCACGGCUACUGCGCCGCCUAUGAGACGCUGUACGCGGCGGCGGGUGGCGGCGGCGCCAGCCCGGACUACAACAGCUCCGAGUACGAGGGUCCGCUCAGCCCCCCACUCUGUCUCAACGGCAACUUCUCACUCAAGCAGGACUCGUCUCCCGACCACGAGAAGAGCUACCACUACUCUAUGCACUACUCGGCGCUGCCCGGCUCACGGCCCGCGGGCCACGGGUUGGUCUUUGGCUCGUCGGCGGUGCGCGGGGGCGUCCACUCCGAGAAUCUCUUGUCUUAUGAUAUGCACCUUCACCACGACCGGGGUCCCAUGUACGAGGAGCUCAACGCAUUUUUCCAUAACUGAGACCUCGCGCCGACCCCUUUCUUUUUCUUUGCCUUUGCCCGGGCCCUCUAGCCCCAGCCCCGCGAGCUCUGGGGCUCCCACCGACUCCAGCGCCAGGCGCGCGGGGGCGUGGGCCGCCGGUUCUACGGCUCUCUAGGGCUGGUCUCCUACCUGUGGGUGGCCCGUCCCAGGGGCCUCGCUUCUCCCUGGGGACUCGCCUUCUCUCUCCCAACGGGCUUCCUCCUCCCUGCUCGCGUGGAGUGCAUCUCUGGGGACCUCCCUCCAGGCCUUCCCUAGAGACUCCUUUCGCAUUCCUAAACUUGGGUUUUC